GGUUUAGCUCCAUAUGCGCCCACCGAUCUUCUGAAGGCGGAACACAUGCGGUUCACCUGUAUCACACCUCAACAUCACUGCGGUUUUCACACCUACUGGGGAAGCUAUAGCUUCUGCGCCUACGGGCGGAAGUCCUGAUCUCCUCGCACUGGACUGCUAUCAACUGGACACCUUGACCCUGACGUUCUAUCUGCGCCACGCAAUCCCUAAACCCAACCGAAUCUUUUCGCGAUGUCGAAUUCCGUUCCCGACCUCGACGCUGUCGGAAUCAAGGCAGAGCCCGACUUAGCGGACCAAUUCCGCCGCGAAGUCGCGACUCUCCUAGGCCGCAACAACCUCAACUUCCCCGGCGCACAGCCCGUCAGUUUCUCGAACCGCCAUCUACUCGAGCUCCAACGGGAAGACUACUACGUCUGCGAGAAAACCGACGGCAUCCGCUGUUUGAUGUAUUUCGCCCGCGGCGAUCCAGACUCGGAAACCCCCGAGAUUCACUACCUGAUCGACCGCAAAAAUGACUACCGUUACGUCCCGGGCUUGCAUUUCCCGCUCCCCGAUGAUGAAACUUUCCAGUCGUACCACGUGGACACCCUGGUUGACGGCGAGUUGGUGAACGAUACAUAUGAGGACGGAACACAGCAACUAAAAUACCUCGUUUUUGACUGUCUAGUUCUGGACGGACAGAGCCUGAUGCAUCGCACACUGGAUAAACGGUUGGCGUACUUCAAGGAAAAGGUUCUCAAGCCCUACAAUGCGCUCUACCAACGUUUUCCCGAAGAGAAACAGCACCGCAUCUUCGCCGUCGAGGACAAAUCCACCCAGUUUAGCUACGGUAUUGAGAUGAUGUUCCGUGAGAUCAUUCCCAAAGUCAAGAAAAUUCACGGCAAUGAUGGCCUGAUCUUCACCUGUCGGAGUACGCCCUACCGCAUCGGCACGGAUGAACACAUCCUUAAAUGGAAGCCUCCGGCCGAGAAUACAAUCGAUUUCCGUAUGCGCUUGGAGUUCCCCAUCCUGGAGCCUGAUACGGAUGAUGAGGCCGAUGGUAUCUCGGAGCCGUAUCCGGACUACGAUGCUAUGCCCAUCUUCCAUCUGUUCGUAAUGCUUAAUUCUAACGAGUACCGGCACUGGGCAGAAAUGUAUGUCACACCGGCGGAAUGGGAGGAGCUUAAGGCACUGGGAUUGCCACUCGAUGAUACCAUCGUCGAAUGUGCGAAGGAUGAACAUGGCCGCUGGCGCUAUCAUCGCCUUCGAGAUGACAAGACCGAUGCAAAUCACAUCUCUACCGUUGAGAAGGUUCUCGAGAGUAUUCAGGACCGUGUGACAGAAGACGAUCUGAUUCGUGCUGCACCAGCAAUCAAGGCAGCCUGGAAGAAGCGCCAAGCUCAGAUGGCUUCGGAGGACGAAGAGCGGAAACGAAGAGCAAGACAAGCACCCCCACAUGUGAAUGGGAAUGGCGUGAAGAGGAAAUUUGAGGAUUCAUAGCUUUCCUUCGAUUUGCUUAGAGCAAAUCUAGUUGGGUAGUCUUUUGCUUGACUUCGGCUGGGGAUUGCGAGGCGUCUGGCGUUGAUAUUCGCUUCUAUUAUGCAUAUGAUUGGGAGAGGAGCUGUCGGCAAGCUUAAAAUGGGGGCUAGCCUGAAGGUUAUUGUAUAGUGUGUACUUUAUAUGAUGCUAUGCGCUCUUCGUAUUUUAACUGUAGUUCGCUGGAUGGGUUGUUCUUCCUCCCUUUCAGCUUAGGAUUAAUAGCUUAUUAUUAAGAUAGCACAUCCUAGUAUA